AUGUCCGAGUCCGGACGCAUCAAACUAGACGAGGCAAAGCUGACUCGACGCGAUUUAUGCAGAAGACUUUCUGGGAGGAGUACCAUCGGGCAAGUUCGCGCCCAAGCGCAUCGCACGAAUGGUUUUUGGGGCCUCAGCAGUGUGUGGAGGUAUUGCUUCAAGGAACCCUGCAGGAGAUUUGCAAAUCCAAACCAUGGAGAACGCAGGGAGCCUCUUUGUGUGGCAGCAGAGCUUCACGUGGUGAAUGUGGAUUUCAGUCCUAUUGCCAUAGAGGCCAUGCGACAAAUACAGAACAGUGACAUUGGUGCGAUGCGAAACCAGUGGCUUGUGGCAGACAUUCGAGACAUGCCAUUUCAGAGCAGCAGCUUCGACCUAGUGAUAGACAAGGGCACUUUCGAUGCGUUUGAAGCCUCUCCAAUUCGUUCGCCGGAUCAAGGCACCCAUGCAAGCGAUGCAGAUGGAGUAGCAUCCCUUUUCAAGGAGGUGAAUCGUGUUUUGAAGGUAUCCGCCGAUGCAGCAUGGCUGCAGUUCACACACACUGCACCGGAGCUCCGAUUGGAGGUCUUAAGUCGAGUUGCCCAAAGAGAGGCAUGGCAUAUUGGCUACAAAAGCUUGGGAGAGGACGAGAAUGGCUUCGAGUAUUUUGUGUAUUUUCUUCGCCGAAGGCCCAAAUUUGAGCUGGUGCGGGCAGAAAGAGACCAGGUGGCAGCUCAGGUUGGGCUAUUUGUGGAAGAGGCGGAGGUUGGACGUGCUCUGACCACACCAAGCUAUUCAGCCUUUGGUGAAGGUCUGAACCGAGGGCUUGAGGCGUGGAAGCGCCUCUCCGCUGCAAGACAAGUGGAUCUCGAAGCCGCGGCACCGGUGCCGAAGCGCAUAAGGACAAACCACUACAUCGGGCGGCAGCAGCAGGAUGCAACAUUCCAGGCUCCGAAUAGUAAACGUGGCGUCAUGCAGAGCUGUGUGUUUGUCACGGGUUAUCCCAAAAGCAUCUAA